AUGCCAUAUAAUAUUGCUAUGGUCAGUGACUUCUUCUUUCCACAACCAGGAGGAGUCGAAAGUCACAUCUACCAGCUCUCUACGAAACUCAUCGACCGAGGACACAAAGUUAUAAUCAUUACACACGCGUAUGAAGACAGAACUGGUGUCAGAUAUCUAACGAAUGGCCUUAAAGUCUAUCAUGUCCCAUUCUUCGUCAUGUUCCGCUCUUGUACCUUUCCUACCGUCUUCUCGUUCUUUCCAAUCUUCCGCAAUAUCGUUAUACGGGAACAAAUAGAGAUCGUUCAUGGCCAUGCAAGCAUGAGUAGCAUGUGUCAUGAAGCUAUAUUACAUGCAAGGACAAUGGGAUUGAGGACUGUAUUUACAGAUCAUUCAUUGUUUGGAUUCGCAGAUGCAGGCAAUAUAUUGAUCAACAAGCUUCUUAAGUUUACAUUGAGCGACGUUGAUCAUGUAGUAUGUGUGAGCCAUACAUGCAAAGAAAACACGGUUUUGCGCGCUUCCCUAGACCCUCUCAUGGUCUCUGUUAUUCCAAACGCCGUCGUGGCAGAGAACUUUCGACCUCUAUCACAUCCCUCAUACCCUCCCGACCCCCCAGGCAAACAUGCUCCUCCUGCUCCGUAUCCACUUGGUCCGCAUGAUGUAAUCACAAUUGUCGUGGUUUCGAGACUUUUCUACAAUAAAGGGACCGACUUGUUGAUCGCAGCAAUUCCUCGAAUUAUUGCCAGCCAUCCAAACGUGCAUUUUAUCAUUGCGGGAUCGGGCCCGAAAGCGAUUGAUCUCGAACAAAUGCUGGAAAAGAAUGUGUUACAAGAUAAAGUUGAGAUGCUGGGGCCGGUCAGACAUGAGGAGGUUCGAGAUGUUAUGGUUAGGGGGCACAUAUAUUUACAUCCAAGUUUGACUGAAGCUUUUGGAACUGUCAUAGUGGAAGCUGCCAGUUGUGGAUUAUAUGUCGUAUGUACACAAGUUGGGGGGAUCCCAGAAGUUCUUCCAGCUCAUAUGACAGUUUUCGCCAAGCCAGACGAAGAUGACCUGGUUGCUGCCACCGGCCGAGCAAUUGCGUCUCUAAGAGCUAAUAAAGUUCGGACCGAGAAAUUUCAUGAUCAAGUCAAAAUGAUGUAUUCAUGGACAGAUGUGGCAGAGCGAACGGAACGGAUAUAUGACGGGAUUUUCGGCGUCCUUAGCGAGGCAGAGUUCUAUGGAUACGAUGCAGCUGAUGCAGCUAGCUGGAGUGCUACUAGAGGAAGAGCCGGUGUACAGAGUUUCGCUUUGAUCGAUCGUCUCAAGAGAUAUUAUGGUUGCGGAAUAUGGGCAGGCAAACUCUUCUGCCUUUGUGUGGUUAUCGAUUACUUGUUAUUUUUGCUACUCGAAGUACUUGCCCCUAGAGAUAAAAUCGACAUUUCUAGGAGCUGGCCGAAGAAGAUUCCUCAGGAUUCUUCCAGGAGAGAUCGUGAAAAUCACGGGAAGACUAUUGCUUCCUCUAAAUAUGAACAAGAGCCAUCUCGAUUUCAUGGGAAAGCGUCUAAUAUCAAUACGGUAGCUUUCCUCGCUUUUAUUACAGGAACGCCAGAGAUGGCUCCUACAAUUCGACCAUAUAAUGAGUCAAGGCGCAGAGUAGCUCUCAUCACUUCAUCACAUGAAGGAGGCAACGCGUCAUAUCAACAGCUUUUCAAUUCGGCCCUUGGAUCUUCCUGUUACCGUUAG